GUUUGAAUGUGUCAGCAUGAUGGUGAUCCUACUGAACUGUGUCACACUUGGAAUGUAUCAGCCCUGUGAUGAUAUGGAUUGCCUCUCCAACAGAUGUAAAAUUUUGCAAGUGUUUGAUGACUUCAUUUUUAUCUUCUUUGCUAUGGAAAUGGUGCUGAAGAUGGUGGCCCUGGGGAUAUUUGGCAAGAAAUGCUACCUUGGAGACACCUGGAACCGCCUGGAUUUCUUCAUUGUUAUGGCUGGGAUGGUGGAAUAUUCCCUGGAUCUUCAAAAUAUUAACUUGUCUGCAAUCCGCACUGUACGAGUUCUGAGGCCCCUCAAAGCCAUUAACCGAGUGCCUAGCAUGCGAAUAUUGGUGAAUUUGCUCUUGGACACAUUACCCAUGCUGGGAAAUGUUCUCCUUCUCUGCUUCUUUGUCUUCUUCAUCUUUGGUAUCAUCGGUGUGCAGCUGUGGGCCGGUCUACUGAGAAACCGCUGUUUCAUGGAUGAGAACUUGACAAUCCAAGGUAACAUCACUCUUCCUCCCUAUUAUCAACCUGAGGAGGAGGAUGAAAUGCCCUUCAUCUGUUCACUGUCAGGCGAUAAUGGUAUCAUGGGCUGUCAAGAGAUACCCCCACUCAAAGAACGGGGCCAUGUAUGCUGCUUGGACAAGGAUGACUACUUCUACUAUACUUCAGUCAGGCAGGAGUUCAACGUCAGUGGCAUGUGCGUUAACUGGAACCAGUAUUACAAUGAGUGUCGUACAGGCAAUGCCAAUCCACACAAAGGGGCAAUCAACUUUGAUAAUAUUGGCUAUGCAUGGAUUGUUAUAUUCCAGGUAAUCACUCUGGAAGGAUGGGUGGAGAUUAUGUAUUAUGUGAUGGAUGCGCAUUCAUUCUACAACUUCAUUUACUUCAUUUUGCUGAUUAUUGUGGGCUCCUUUUUUAUGAUCAAUCUGUGCCUAGUAGUCAUUGCUACCCAAUUUUCAGAGACCAAGCAACGAGAACACCAAUUGAUGCAAGAGCAGCGAGCAAGAUACCUGUCCUCCAGCACUGUGGCCAGCUAUAUGGAACCGGGAGAUUGUUACGAAGAGAUCUUCCAGUAUGUUUGCCACAUUGUUCGUAAAGCUAAGCGUCGUACCCUUAGUUUCUACAACAGCCUGCAGGAUCGUCGUCUCAGGCAAACAGAACCAGGCACUGCCAAACAGAGAGUGAAUGGAAAAGAUCGGAAGCAAUAUGCACGUUGCCGGAAACAUUCUUCUAUUGAUUACAUGCCUCAAGGACUUGGUCAGCCUACUACCAAGACAUUGGUCUCUGAACCCAGCAACUGCCCCAAAUGUUACAAGGCCCAACAGGAAGCAACCCAAAGACUUUCUGUGCUUGAUAGUGUCAAUUCAGAUAAGGAAGAUGGAGAAAAAGCCUGUGACCAAGAGGGAGAUGGAAGGAAAGGAGUCAUGGAAAAAGAUUUGGAAAAAGAAGAGGAUGAUGGAGAAGAGAAGGGACAACUCAUGCUUUGCAAUGAUAUGUGGCAAGAAGUUAGAGUCAAACUGAGGGGAAUUGUGGAAAGCAAAUACUUCAAUCGUGGAAUCAUGAUUGCAAUCCUCGUAAACACCAUCAGCAUGGGCAUUGAACAUCAUGAACAGCCAGAGGAGCUGACAAAUAUUUUGGAAAUUUGCAAUGUUGUGUUUACCAGCAUGUUUGCCCUGGAGAUGAUUUUGAAACUUGCCGCCUUUGGUAUCUUUGAUUACCUUCGCAACCCAUACAACAUUUUUGACAGUAUCAUUGUCAUCAUCAGCAUCUGGGAGAUCGUAGGUCAGGCUGAUGGUGGCCUGUCAGUGCUGAGGACAUUCCGGCUAUUGAGGGUGCUGAAGCUGGUGAGAUUCAUGCCUGCCUUGAGGCGUCAACUUGUGGUACUGAUGAAGACAAUGGAUAAUGUAGCAACCUUCUGCAUGCUCCUCAUGCUCUUUAUCUUUAUCUUCAGCAUCCUUGGAAUGCACAUCUUUGGUUGUAAAUUUAGUCUUAGAACUGACACAGGAGACACAGUCCCUGACCGGAAAAACUUUGACUCCUUACUUUGGGCCAUUGUCACUGUAUUUCAGAUUUUGACACAGGAGGAUUGGAAUGUUGUACUCUAUAAUGGCAUGGCCUCAACCUCUCCAUGGGCAUCACUUUAUUUUGUGGCUCUCAUGACGUUUGGAAAUUAUGUUCUCUUCAAUCUACUGGUGGCCAUCCUAGUGGAGGGAUUCCAGGCAGAGGGUGAUGCUAACUACUCAUAUUCAGAUGAGGACCAGAGUUCAUCAAAUAUUGAAGAAUUUGACAAGUUCCAGGAUAAUUCAGAUCCAAAGCUUUGUGCAGUUCCCAUGACUCCAAAUGGACAUCUUGACCCCAGCCUUCCUUGUCUAAACCAGCCUGGGGCAACUGCUGGAAUGAUGAAUCCAUCCCACAAUACUCUGCAGUCAGAUAUCCUCAUGGCUCUUGAAUCCCGAAAAAGCAGUGUGAUGUCUUUAUCUAGCUCCCGUAGCUCUCAUCACCAUGGGGCUCGGUAUCAUAGCGGAGGCUGGGGAAGCAGACGUUCCAGUUGGAACAACCUUGCUCGAGGACAUAGCCUCAAACACAAGCCUUUUUCAGCUGAACACGAAUCACUUUUAUCUGGGGAGCAGCAGAGGAUAACAGAGGCAGAACGAGAAAGGCCAGUAAUUCACCAUCAUCGACGGACAUUUUCAUUGGAUACUAAAGAUUCCUCUGACCUGGAGUUGGUUCCAGCAGUCUCAUCCGGUCAUAAGACAUCAUGGAAGAUAGGAGUGAAUCUAGGGCCAAGCAAGCACCAGGACUGCAAUGGCAAAAUGCCCACAAUCGCUAAAGACAUCUUUCCAGAAAUGAACAAUCGGAAAGAAUAUGGAGAAGAUGAUGAAGAGAUAGAUUAUAGCCUGUGUUUCCGAAUAAAGAAGAUGAUAGAGGCCUACAAGCCAGAUUGGUGUGAGUUGCGGGAAGAUUGGUCCAUCUAUUUAUUCUCACCAGAAAACAAAUUUCGCAUUCUCUGCCAAACUAUCAUUGCUCAUAAGCUAUUUGAUUAUAUUGUCCUGGCCUUCAUUUUCUUGAACUGUGUUACUAUUGCCUUGGAGAGACCUGAGAUUGAACAGAGAAGCACAGAGAGAAUCUUCCUCACCGUAUCCAAUUACAUCUUCACAGCAAUCUUUGUUGCUGAGAUGACACUGAAGGUAGUCUCUCUUGGUCUGUAUUUUGGAGAACAGGCCUAUCUACGCAGUAGUUGGAAUAUCUUGGAUGGCUUUUUGGUGUUUGUAUCCAUUAUUGAUAUAGUAGUUUCAGUAGCUUCUGCUGGAGGAGCCAAAAUCCUGGGAGUGCUAAGAGUCCUCCGACUGCUCCGCACUUUACGCCCCCUGAGGGUCAUCAGCCGUGCUCCAGGUUUGAAGCUGGUGGUUGAAACUCUCAUUUCAUCACUCAAGCCUAUUGGAAAUAUUGUCCUCAUCUGCUGUGCUUUCUUUAUAAUCUUUGGAAUUCUUGGAGUGCAGCUUUUCAAAGGAAAAUUCUACCAUUGCCUGGGUGUUGAUAUACGAAAUAUCACAAAUAGGUCUGACUGCAUGGCUGCCAAUUACAAAUGGGUGCAUCAAAAAUACAACUUUGAUAAUCUGGGCCAGGCUUUGAUGUCGCUCUUUGUUCUGGCUUCCAAAGAUGGCUGGGUUAAUAUUAUGUACAAUGGACUAGAUGCUGUGGCUGUGGAUCAACAGCCAGUGACCAACAACAACCCUUGGAUGCUACUUUACUUCAUUUCUUUCUUACUCAUCGUCAGCUUCUUCGUGCUCAACAUGUUUGUAGGGGUGGUGGUAGAGAAUUUUCACAAGUGUCGGCAACACCAAGAAGCCGAAGAGGCCCGGAGGCGGGAAGAAAAGCGUUUGAGGCGCCUGGAGAAGAAGCGUAGGAAAGCACAGCGCUUGCCGUACUAUGCCACCUACUGCCCCGUCCGCCUCCUCAUACAUUCAGUCUGCACCAGCCACUACUUGGACAUCUUUAUCACCUUUAUAAUUUGCCUCAACGUUGUCACCAUGUCUUUGGAGCACUACAACCAACCAGUGUCCCUGGAAACUGCUCUUAAGUAUUGCAACUACAUGUUUACUACAGUCUUUGUUUUGGAAGCAGUUUUGAAGCUUGUAGCCUUUGGACUGAGACGCUUUUUUAAAGACAGGUGGAACCAGCUGGAUCUAGCUAUUGUUCUGCUCUCAGUCAUGGGAAUUACUCUGGAAGAGAUUGAAAUCAAUGCUGCCCUUCCAAUCAAUCCCACCAUUAUCCGCAUCAUGAGAGUGCUUCGUAUUGCCCGAGUUUUGAAACUUUUGAAGAUGGCAACUGGGAUGAGAGCUUUAUUGGACACUGUAGUGCAAGCUCUGCCACAGGUUGGGAAUCUUGGACUCCUCUUCAUGCUCCUUUUUUUCAUUUAUGCUGCUCUAGGAGUAGAGCUUUUUGGCAAACUUGUCUGCAAUGAUGAGAACCCAUGUGAAGGAAUGAGCCGCCAUGCCACCUUUGAGAAUUUUGGAAUGGCCUUCCUCACACUUUUCCAGGUCUCCACUGGUGACAACUGGAAUGGCAUUAUGAAGGAUACACUACGUGACUGCACUCAUGAUGACCGGAGCUGCCUGAGCAACCUUCAGUUCAUCUCUCCACUCUACUUUGUUAGCUUCGUGCUCACAGCCCAAUUUGUCCUCAUCAAUGUUGUAGUAGCUGUCCUUAUGAAGCACCUAGAUGACAGCAACAAGGAAGCACAGGAGGAUGCAGAAAUGGAUGCUGAGAUUGAGCUUGAGAUGGCACAUGGAUUGUGCCCUCAUAGCACUAGCUCACUGAAUCCUGGACAAGAUGGAGGAGGUGGGAGAAAGGACUCUGAAGGACAUCUAUGCAUGACAUGUUACUCUCCAGCACAGGAGAACUUAUGGCUGGACAGUGUGUCUUUAAUAAUUAAAGACUCCUUCGACGGGGAGUUAAUGAUCAUCGAUAACCUAUCGGGCUCCGUCUUCCAUCAUUACUCCUCGCCGGCCAUGUGCGAGAAGUGUAACCAUGACAAGCAAGAGAUCCAGCUGGCUGAAAUGGAGGCCUUAUCACUCAAUUCUGAUAAGUCUUCUGUCCUGCUAGGAGAUGAUGGAGAUAGUUCCAACAUUGACCAGCCAAGCCCUAAGGAAAAGGAUGGUGAAGACAGCCCUAAUUCUACAAGGAAUACAGGCUUGGAAGAAUGUCUCUUUCCUUUAACAAAUACAGGAUCUUCUCUGCCUCCAGAAAGCUACCAGUAUGAAAUGGAAAAAAUCCCUGUCAGUCGAGCUCAGUCUUGGCUAAAUAAUGAGACCAAUGAAGAUGCACCCCAUUUUCUAUUGCCAGUUCAAACAGAGUUUUUUCUCCCAGCUGUUUCUGCUAAGCUAUCAAAUCAGGAGAAAAUAUCUUGUCCAGAGAACCUUCCUAAAAUCUCUCUGCAAGCUUCCUGGGCCUCACUGCAAUCUCCAAAUGUAAACUCCUCGCUUAUUCACCAGACCACAGAGAGUGACACUUCCCUUGAUGAUGGCAGGAGCAAUAGCUCAGACGGCAGCUUGCAGACCACACUGGAAGACAGUUUAAACCUUAGUGACUCACCCCAGUGCACCCUAGAUCUCCCAGUAGUAUUAUGCCCAGUGCCAGCAGCCACUCAAAAAGCUUUGGUGGUCCCACUUUCCCCUGUCUCUCGAAGGCAAAGCAUAAGGGGUCGUGGCAUCUUCACUCUCCAGAACAUCAGGAGGCACCAGCGGAGCCACAGCAGUGGAGGAAGCACUAGCCCAGGUUGUACUUAUCAUGAUUCCAUGGACCCUUCUGAUGAAGAAGGGAUAGGGAGCAGCUUAAGGGGAGGAGGUAACAGCAGUGAACAGUCAGAGACCCUCAGCAGUUUUUCUCUGACUUCUCUCUUUUCACCUCCUCCUCCAUCUCAAGCUCUGGCACUUGUGAAGAAGUGCAACAGCACCAGCAGUCUCCAUGCCAACUCUUCUUCACGGAGUUCUGCAGCAAAUGAAGCCAAGCAGUUCUACUCAGUUGACCCAAGGGGUUUUUUAUCUAUGCCAUCUUGGGUGACAGACUUCUGCAAGAACAGCCCUUCUCCAAGAGAGGGUGAUGUACCAGAGAGCUUAGACAAAAUUGGGACUCCAGACCACAGCCCCCCAGUUCCUUCUGAGCUGCAGCUGGGGACCAGAGUCAGCAAGAGACAUAGAUGAGUCUCCCUGCGGCAGGGAGGAAGAAUGAAACGUGAAAGAGGCUUGUUCUGGCUGCCACUUCCUAACAGCAGUUCCCAGUGAGAGGACUGUGAAAAGGGAAAAAAGCAACCACACAAAAUAUAAAUAUGUAUGUCUGUAUGUCUGUAUGUGUGCACGUGUGUAUGUGUGUCCGCUUGUGUGUAUGUGUGGAAAACAAGACUUUUGUACCAUACCUCAGAGACUUGAGAGAGUGAUAGCAAUAUGAGAACAUCCCACAUUUGCAGGGGAUCGCUACUUCUGCAAAGGUGACUGUGGGACAAAGUUAAGAGGGUGAAGAAGACACUCCAACCAAAUAACUAGCUGGCUGGGUGCAGCUAUUUAGCCCUCUACAUAUACAAAUAUAUAUGUACAGAUAUAUAGAAUGAUUUAUUUAUUUUUUUUACAGAGAGCUUAGGACUUUUAGAAAGUGCUAAGUAUGAAAAGGGCAGGGUCUUGGGAAAAAUAACUUUAAAAUGAAAUGAGGAAUCCAGCCAGAUUUUUAGGGCUUGGGUAUCUCUUUCAAGCAAAAUUGCAUAAUUCAUGUUGUGUUUUGUGGGGUGGUGAUGGUGGUGGUAGUAAAAACUAUGAUCCACAUCUUGGUGGGAGGGUGGGGAGCUAGUUAUAUGAAGAUAUUCUUGGAGAUACUUCGAGGGGGUGCAACAGCAUCUGAAGUUCAGCUUUGUUAAACUCCUCAGGUAGCAUCAGUGAAAUUCUCAGACUCCUUAAAUGUGAACACAUCCAAUAGAAAAGUCUAUGUGGGCUGUAUAGAAUUGAAAGCUCUAGAUAGCCUUCCCCAAUCUGAUACCCUUGGGAAAUUUUAGUUGCCAGAGGGUAAUGAGAAGAACCAGGAGAAAAAGCAGAAGCCACAUGGCAAAAUACUCGGUGCUCUGAUUUUCAUUGAUCGUGCUUUGUUUUUUUGUUUGUUUGUUCGGGGGAGGAUUUAGAAAGAAAGGUAUAUGGGAAAAGCCACUUUGUACUGCUUAGGGAUUGGAAUUUGUAGUUUAUUUUGUUUACUAUUCAAUAUUUGUGAAAAAAAUCUAUUUUAGAAGCCCAGAGGUGCAAAAACCAUCUCUAAAGAAAAAUAUCCUAUUUUUUACAAAUAUAUUGAAAGAAAAAAAAAGCUAGAGAAUGAGGAAGAAGUGUAAGAAGCUCUUUGUAUCCAACAUAGGCCUGUUAUUUUGAUCCUUCUAGAACCAUUUCUAUGUUUCCAUAAGAAAAGAACACAAUAAUGCCUUUCAUGGCCUUGUUAGCUAAAUUAAGUGGUGUCCCUUAAAUAGUGUCAGAUGAGAUGCCUCCAGCCAUUCUAAAAAUGCAAAGCAAUUGAUUAGCACAUUUUUACUGAUAAUCAGGACCAAGCUGCAUGUCAUGAUUUGACACUGCAUGUAACUUUUUGAAAUGAUAAAUAAUUGCUAGAACGGGAGAAGCAAGAUUGGAACCAUAACAUAAAAAGAGAAAAAAAUCCAGAAUUCUAUGUCAAAUCUAUUAUUAGAUUGGGGGGGGGGGUAGUGACUUUUCCACUACAUUCCUGACAAAAAAUCCAUUUUACACUUGUGGGAGCUGUUAUUUGAAAAUAGUAUCAGUGGGAGCUUCUCUUUUAAGCCAAGCAAUAGUUUUAUUAAUACGGUGGCACUGGAGAAAUUACUCCCAGUUAUGAUCCAGCUGCUAUUUUCUCUUUUAAAAUAACAGCAAACUAUCUAUUUAAUGUCAUGUGUUAUUUGGCCUUAAGUGAGCAUGUGUAUGCAUGGCUGUAUAUGGAGGAUGGAGUGCUAAAGGCAGAAGACUGGAUAAGUGAAACUUGCUCAGUUACAUGGCAUAUGGGAUCAUUCUCAAAAUAAACUACUUUCCCUGUUAUAAACCACGUUUUCAGCAACUCAGUCACUUUCAAGAUACCUUUUUAUCAUAAUGUUUUACAUUAUUAGCCAAGCCAUCAAGCAGAAAGCCUGGCUUCUGAAAAUACUAUCAUUUUCCAUUCCAAGACAAAAAUGGGACAGUUAUAGGUAUAAUUCUCAAAUUAUUUUGUGAUUGACCCCCCCAAAAAAAUCUGGCAACUUAACUGACUUGGACUGGGCUAUGAUAUACAGAAAUAGGCAAUUGAAGAUUUUCCACAGCCUGAAAACAUUCCAUUUCAGUAGUUUAUUGCUGUAGAUUGAAGUACUCUUAAGGACAGAUCCAGGCAAGGAUUGGCUGAAAGUUGGAACUGAUUUAAAGUGCUCUGGGGAAAAAAUGUUAAUAGGAUAUCUCCUUUCCUUAAAACUUGCUCAUCUUCCAUGAAAGGCUCAAUACAUAUUCCAAGAUUGGAAGGGUUGGGGGGGGAGGAAAACCUCUCCCUGAAACUGAUGUAUAUAAUUUUCCUGAAAAAUUGAGUCAGUUACAGCUGAUUUAAUAACCUACCUUUACACAUUUGGGCUCAGCAUCUAGAGCCUUUCAACAUUAAGGACUAUAGCAGAGAAUUUUAGAAGACAUGGCAAUGCUGAUGUAUACAUCAGAUGGCUGCUUUGUUUUUAGUAUAAUGAGUCAAUGAAUACCAAAUAUUUUACAAUGGACAGGAGAUGAAAUCAUGAUGAAUGCAUCUCUUGAAAAGUAAUGUGUGUGUUUUUAGAGAGUACCAAAUUGAAAUGAAGAGUUACUAAUGCAGAAAACAAAAAAGGAAUUCCUGACUGCUUCAGAGAAGGAUCAAGGUCUUCAUUAAUAAAGCAAUAAUGGUCCUAGUUUUAAAUGUUUUGUGUGUGCAUCUGUGUGUGUGUGCACGCAGGCACAUUAGCUUGUAGCAUGCUUUCUGCUUGUUCCUUAUGAAGCAGAAAUGAUAGGCAAAAAAGCAGACCUCUUAAAUGUUUUUUGAAAGGACAAGGAAGCCAUCCAUAUCAAUGCAUAGUAAAAAACUGAAAUGAGCUUUGUCACUACUCCAUCUGCAGACCCAGUUAUUUCUGUUUAUCAUAACUCUGUGACUAUUUGCAGUUAUGGCAAAGCAGUUUAAUGAUAAUGUUAGCAGCAAUGCAAAAACCAGCCAAGGCACUGUAGCUUCAGUCUGCCAGCCAAAAGAGCUGUGUAAAUCUUUUCCGGUAGGUAGAUAGGAAUGUCAUAUUCUGGUUGGAUCCUGUCUGCUCAAAUGUAUGGGAAUGUGAGUUAUAUAACUAAUAUAACUUCCUCAUUUGUAUGUGUUUCCAGCAUUGUUCCAGAUUGUCAUGAUGUGAGCUGAAUGUUUGACAUUGAAUUUGUGCUUAAGUGUACUUGAAGAGUCGAGAGACCAAAAAGAAAACUUACAUGUAUAGAAAGUGUUUGCACAGUCUGUGAUUUGGACAAAUGUAGCCUUAAAAAGAUGGGAAGAUAGUUAUGAAAAGGAGCUGGGAGCUUGUGUAGGAUUGGAAGUGACCAAAAUUCUGAAGGUUUUCAGAAGAGAAGAGGGACCACAACUCCUCCCUGACCACUAUUUUGUCUCUGUAUCAGGUUUAUAUUACAAUUUUCAUUUUGACUGGACAAUAUAUAAUUUUAUGUAAUGUUAUUUUUAGAGCCCUAAAAGUGACCUCCGACAGUAUGACAGCUUUGAAAUGUGUAUCACUAUAGAGCAAUCCUGUGUAUAUUUUAUCAAUUUUAAGUUUCAUUUUCUAACAUGUUGGUUGAUGGAUUUCCAACAUUCAUGCUUGAGAAAACAUUGUCUUACAAUUUUAGGCAGAUUAUAUUUAAGAACACAAAAUUAAAUUACUUUCUGCUAAAGUUCUAGGUUGGAUUACAUUAAAAAAGGACAAUUAAAGAAUAGUAACAUCUGAUGAUGUUAAUAUAAAAUUAUAUUUCUAACAAUGAGAAGGUGGGGAUAAGCAUAGAUCUGGCCAUAGUUGCACUAUAAUCUGAUGCAAUUUACAGAAUGAAGUAAUGUUCUAUUAGGAUAUUAUUAGCUGAGCAAAGUUAUGUGUAAAAUUACUCAGUGGCAUUCCAAGAUCCAAUCAUCCAACAACUACCUUAGCAUCAGUCAUAUCACAUAAGAAAUUAGAGAAGCACGUUGCUGAUACCAGGGGUCAAUUCAUCUUCAGGGAUAUAAAUCUAGAUAUCAAUUCAUACCUUAAUACCAAAUUUCUUCAGAGAAUGCAUGCAGAGUUCACAACUGUUUUUAAAUCAUGGAAAAUCAUGAAUAAUUAUUAACAUGAAAGUGCUAACAACACAUUGAAUCCUGGCUUCCAAUUUAUAUGAAACUGUCAUAUGUACAGUAGUGUUUCUCAUUGCAGACAACUCUUCUGUAAUAUGGGGACCAGAUCUUCAGCUUAACUUGGAAAAGGAAAAGGAUACUUGCCACACUUUAGGCAUUGAGCUCUACAUGUGACCAAGUGUCUAAACUAAUUCCUCCUGACGACCAUCUAGUAUUCUGAGCCAUAGUUUCUCUGUGAUUUCUGGAUAGGAUAUUCUAAUCUCAACAACAACAAAACAUUUCUUCAUCUGUGUCACAUAUACUACUCCCUUCAAAAUGCUUCAGCAUUCUGGCCAGUUUGAUACUAACACAUAUUUCAAGAAGCAUUUUUCUUAUGUUAGUAGGCUUAAAUCAAACUGAGCAAAUUCUGUGAUUCUUGACUCAUCUCCUUUGUGUGUGCCUGUGUGUCUAUGUUUUCCUUUUGCAGACACCUUAAUCACUUACUUUACACGUUUAGUAGUAGGGGGUUGUUUCCAUCAGUAAGUUGCAACAUGAUUCUGUUUGUGAUCCAAAGAUGCUUAGCCAGAUGUCUAGAUUUAAAGCGAACUUUUCCUUACUCACAAAUAGAUGUAAACAAGAUUGCUUUCUUAGUGUGUGCCUAUGCGGCAGAUAUCUUGAAUUACAAAUGCAGAAAAUGAAUAGAACUAAAUUGAAAAAAUUAAUAAUUUCAUCUGUGAAGUAUAGAAUGUAUGCUGGCCUUAGUUGCAGGUAAUAUUUAUUUAUUUAUAUUUUUAAAGGUGCUACUGCUUAUUCAUGACAAUAGAAGUCCCAAGUAGUUUAUAUUAUAUUGUAUAUCAUUUGAACAUAUGACAGCAGAAACACCUUCAUGUCAACAACCACAUCCUACUCUUCCUUCAAAAUCUGGAUUCUUUUUCCUUGUGUUUUAUUUCACAACACAAGCAAAAAACAAAAAACCCUGGCUUAGCCUAGGAAAGGCUCGUUACUAUGGCAACUGAAGACAAAGUUAUCUUUAGAGAAUAUUUUGACUCUUCCUUUUAAUUAUUUACUAAUGGUUUUGAAGAAAAAAGAGGAAAUAUCUAUUCUUCCCAGAGAGAAGUUAUUAAAAUGCAACAAAAUUGGCUUUUUGUGCAUAUUAGCUUAGAACAAGGCUUCUAUGCCAUAUUUGAGAAUUGGUUAUGAGGAAAAAAAUCUAUUUGUACCUGGUUGGUUUUAUUUUCUUCGGUGGCUCUUUUGUCCAGUCCCUUUAACUGGGAGUCUCAGAAAGACUUUACAGCCCCUCUCUGUUUCUGUGUUCAUUUUAGAAUCUCUUCAAUCACAGAAACCUCAUAAGGGGGGAGUCUCAUUGUAAUUCUCCCUCAGAAACAUGAAAUUUUAAAAAAAUCACAAAAGAAAUUGCACUUUGUGUAGAAAGUUUUGAAAAUUAAAGUAUUGCCUUUUGACAAAAA